CUUGACAUUCUUCAGGUUUCAUUUCGUUUAGUGAUGGCAGGUUAUCCUCAUCAUUUUGUUACUGCCCACCUUGGUUAUCCUGGUUAUGCUCACGCAACCUUCGUGCCUACGUCAAUUCCUAAUCCAGCUAACUCUGUCACUCAGUUAUCCACUGCCCAAAUCAAUGCAGGAUGGGUAGAGCACCAUUCUCAUGAUGGGAGAAAAUACUAUUAUAAUACAUUCACUCAACAGACGACUUGGGAAAAACCGCAAGAGUUGAAGACUCAGCGUGAGAAAAUACUUUGCAACUGUCCAUGGAAAGAGUUUAAAUCCGAAAACGGUAAACCUUACUAUUUUAAUGAGAAUACAAAACAGUCAGUGUGGAUCAAACCACAAGAACUAAUAGACGCUGAAAACCAAGCAGCCGCCUGUAAUGCAGCUGCAAAUGCUACGGUCCCCGAACAGCCACCAAGUAUUCCCCCAGUCACACCGUGUACACCAGCUACCCCAAAAGAUGACGUCAAUAAGCCUCCUGAACCUUCAGAAAUCGAACGGGCAAUGAAGGCAACUUUGGCCUCUUUUGAUACGUCAGAUACUGUACCUUCAUCAAUUCCGAUUCCAUUACCUCCGGAAAAAGUAGAUGACAGUGAUAAAGAUGAAAGUGACGAAGAGAAGCCUGUAUCCAAUCCACAUAUAACUACAUUUUCACCAAAUACUCAGACAGUGCCAGAAUAUAAGACUCGAGGAGAAAUGGCGGAAGGUCUUAGGAGGCUUUUCAGGGAUUGCAAUGUUCCCGGUGGGGCUACAUGGGAGCAAGCACUCAAGUUGAUAUCCGGGGACCCUCGUUACUCCAUCUUGAGGACGUUCAAUGAAAAGAAGCAAAUAUUUAAUGUUUACAAAACUCAAAGGUUAAAAGAAGAACGUGAGGAGCAGAGAAUAAGAAUUAAGAGGGCGAAAGAGGAUCUAGAAAAGUAUCUUUUGAAAUGCAAUAAACUACACUCAACUAUGUCAUACCGUAGAGUAGAUCAACUACUGUCGGAUACGAAAGAAUGGACUGAUGUCCCUGAUCGAGAUCGUCGUGAAAUAUUCGAUGAUGUCAUUCAAGAGGUAGGCAAACGUGAACGAGAAGAAGCUAAGAUUUUGCGUAAACGGAAUAUACGAGUAUUUAAUGAAAUUCUUAGUGAGAUGCUUGAUCUUACAUAUCGGACGACCUGGAGCGAAGCACAACAAAUGCUGCUUGAUAAUACCAGAUUUACUGGAGAUGUGGAUUUGCAAAAUUUAGAUAAAGAGGAUGCCCUUGUCUGUUUUGAAGAGCAUAUUUGUAUGCUUGAGCAAGAGCACGACGAAGAUAAAGAACGCGAACGUCGGAGACAAAAAAGGGAACAACGAAAGAAUCGAGAAGCAUUCAUAGUUUUACUUGAUGAAUUGCACGAGCAGAAAUUACUCACUUCUAUGUCUCUAUGGAAAGAUCUAUACCAUAUAAUAAACAAAGAUGAUCGAUUUCACAAAAUGCUUGCUCAACGUGGUUCUACGCCAUUGGAUUUAUUCAAGUUCUAUGUUGAAGCAUUAAGAGCUCGUUUCCCAGCUGAAAAAAAGAUUAUCAAAGAGAUUUUAAAAUACAAUUGUACACCAAUCGACCUGUCUGUUUCAUAUGAAGAUUUUUGUUCGAUAAUAGGCUCUGAUGAACGCAGCAAAGGAAUAGAUGACGGAAAUAUGCGUAUGACAUAUGAUGGUCUACUAGAAAAAGCUCAAGGUCGUGAACGUGAACGCCAAAGAGAUGAUGCUAGGCGUAUGAGAAAACUUGAACAAAACUUCUGUGAAAUGCUUACAAAUUCCUCCUUCAUUCAGUCUAAUACUAGUUGGGAAGAAGUUCGAGAAAAAUUAAGUGACCAUCCUGCCUUCAAAGGUUUGUCGUUGGAAUCAGAAAGGAUUCGACUCUUUAAAGAGUAUAUUAUUUCAAUUGACAACUCAAAUGAAGACUCUCAUCGGUCUCGUAAAGAUAAACAUAUAUGCGAAAGGUCUGCUUCUAUUCAAGAUGUUGAGAAAGAUGUCGAUGCAGUGAAAGAUCAGAAAAAGAAACAAACUGUUUCCCCUUCCCCAGCUCCUUCAGAACAUAGCCAUACUCGUAGAUCGGACGACGAAAGGGGAUCAUCACAGAAACGUAAACAUCGUAAAUCCAAGAAAUCAAAACAUCGCAAAUCAAAGCACCAUAAGCAUCACAAAAAUGCAGACAAGCGUCAAGAUGAAGAAUUAGAAGAGGGAGAAGCUGCUGAUGAUGAUGACGAGGAUGAUGAAGCUGCGAAUCCUCAAACAAGUGAUCGUGCCAAUCCUCUCAGUGGUAGUAAACGUCAUCGUCAUCAUCGACGUGGCCAACGCUCUCGGACGUCUGACCCUGAGGAUGGUGAAGAGGUAGACAGUACUAGUGAUGGAGAAUUUUAUGACCGUGAUUCAAAGCGUAAAAGACGUUAG